GAAAGUGUCGAGAAACACCACCGGUUUCCGUUGCACCCCCACCCUCGUUGUCGUCCACUGUCUUUCCCAUUCGCUUUUAAGCAGACAAACCGUUCACUAUGCAGCUCUCCACUCUCCUCCUGUCUCUCCUCCCCGCUCUUACCCUCGCUCUCCCCACAACCGACUCCGUGGAAUCAUCUGAUGUCCUCGCUGCCGUCGAGUCCAGACAGUCGUGCUACGUGAAGUGCGGAUCGACAUGCUACACCUCGGCGCAGGUCACCACUGCCCGCAAUGCAGGAUACAACUACUACCAGAACAACGACCAGGCUGGUAGCUCGAACUAUCCUCAUACGUAUAACAACUACGAGGGCUUUUCGUUCUUGGUGUCCGGACCGUACCAGGAGUUUCCGCUUAGGACAUCGGGGGCUUACACCGGUGGCUCGCCUGGUGCCGAUCGUGUCAUUUUCAACACUCGGGGUCAACGCGCGGGAGAGAUUACGCACACUGGUGCCAGUGGUAACGCCUUUGUUGCUUGCUCGGGUUGGUAAAUUCUAUUUUUCUUCAGAAUGUGGGGGUAUGAAAGCAGUGGCACUCGGAAAGAGAGUGUGUGAGAUGGUCAAAACUGUGGCUGGCGUUCGCUACGGUCAGUGAUUAAGACGUAACGAGGGAUUGCUAUAUCCUACUAUCAGGGAGCCAGUGUUUUGGCAUCACAGAGAUUUAACGAAAGGAUACGAACUUUGUAUAUAUGAAUGAAAUAACUGAAAUAAGGAUCUGGCAUGUUACGACAAGAUUACACUUAAAAAUGCGCCCCAAAAUACAUCAGACGUAAACAUAAAGAAUUUAUUUACUCAAGAGCAGACUAUAUUCAUCCCAUGUCGCUCACGAACACAUUAAUCGAUUACGAAUAUUUCGUACCCC